AUGGCUUCGCAAGGAGACAAGAGUGAGGCAGCUACGCACGUUGAGCUCGGGCUUGCGGCAUCGUCCCCUGGGCUCAAGCCUAGCGAGCUCCAAGAAUACGAUGCUAAAGCUCACCGGAGGCUGCGCCGCAAGAUCGAUGUGCGAUUGAUACCUUUGUGUGCCUGGCUGUAUCUUCUCAACUAUCUCGACCGCUCCAACAUCGGAAAUGCCAAGAUCCUGAACAGCGAGACGGGCGAUUCCCUACUCCAAAAUCUUCGCAUGGACGGCCAGAAAUAUUCAAUCGUUAUUACUCUGUUUGCAGUGGCAUACAGCGCCUUCGACGUUCCUUCCAACUGGAUACUCAAGCGCUAUGUGCGCCCUUCCCGCUGGCUGGGAUUUCUGUGCUUUGGCUGGGGAACACUUACUCUGGGCUUUGCAUUCUUGCAUACGUAUGCAAGUGCGGCGGUCCUACGUGUCUUCAUUGGUAUGUUCGAGGCAGGGUUUUAUCCUGGAAUUGUCUACAUUAUUACCUUUUGGUAUCGACAGGAGGAACGUUCUCUGCGUCUCGCUCUUGUUUCGGCAUCGUCUUCUCUCGCUGGUGCGUUUGGUGGGUGCAUUGCUUACGGAGUUGGCCAUCUCAACCAAAAAGCCGGCCUCGAGGGAUGGCGCUGGUUAUUCAUCAUCGAAGGAGUCCUGACUAUCAUCUGCACUGUGCUGUUGGUUUGUUUCCUUCCUGAUUACCCACACGACGUCCAGUGGCUGUCCGAUGACGAGAAAACAUUUGCUGUUGCACGUUUGCAAGUCCAGGACGGAGGCUACACCAAAGAACGCGCCAGUCGACGGGAGAUCAUCGACACUUGUAUUGGUCCAAGGAUGCUGGCACAUUACCUGACUUAUUUCACCAAUGUCGUUAUCGUCAGCUCUUUGGUAUACUUCUGUCCGACAAUUGUUGCUGGACUCGGGUACAGCAGUAUCACUGCUCAGCUCAUGACCGUUGUUCCAUGGGCUUUGGGGUAUAUCGUCUCGCUCAUCUUCGCUUGGAGUGCCGACAAGUUCAAUGCUCGCGGUUGGUUCAUUGCAGUAGCGUCAACUAUAUCAGGCAUUGCUUUUGUUGUAAUCAACGUCCUUCCCGUGCACGCUUAUUCUGGAAGAUUCGCAUGUCUGAUCAUAGCAUGCUGUGGAUGCUUCCCAAACACUGCGCCUCUGGCAGCGUGGGUUACAUGCAACGUCCCCAGCAGCAGAACCAUGGGACUUGCUGCUGCUAUCAACAACAUGACUGUUGGAGCAUCCUCGAUUCUGGCUGUGUGGAUCUGGAGAGCAGCUGAAGCUCCGCGCGGAUAUCCAACAGGGAAUGGUGUGUGCGCCGCUUGCAGUUUCGCUACUGCUGUUUUAUCUGCGGCAAUGAGAUACAAUUACGGUCGGAUGAAUCGAGACAAUGUUCUGGACUCGACGUCUACUCCAAGGAUUUGGAAGUACUGA